CAAUUGAUACAAAUAAAUAUCCAAAUUAUUAUAAUGAUAAAAUAUCAAAGCUAUCACCAUUAAAAUUUAUAAUUGAUCCAAAUCUUCGACCAAAUAAAACUCAAGAUAAUAUGGAAUUUUAUAAAUCAAGAGAUAUCUAUAUGAAUUGUGAAGAACUUGAUCCAGAUUUAACAAAAAUAAUACCAGAAUCAUCAGAAGAAAAUUCAAAUGAAACAACUGAUGGUGUACCAACUGAAAGUCCCUCAAAGCUAAAUGGUCUAGGUGAUAGAAUAUCAUGUUUACAAGCAAAAUAUUUUGAUAAAAAUCCAUUGGAUAAUCCACUUUUUAUGGAACGAAGAAUUGACAUGGUUGAAAUGCCAGAAAAAUUUUUAAUUGAUUCAAAAUUAAUGAAGCAUAAAUUUGCAAAUAUUAAAAAAAGUAAUAAUGAAGCAAAUAUUGAUAUUAAACUCUCAAAAAAACCAGAGAGUUUUGAUCAUGAAGCUAGUGACACAAGUUAUGUGAAUCAAAUUGAGCAUCCAAGCAUUAAAUUAAGUCGAGCGAAUAAUGGAAAGGCGCUAAAUCACCGUAAACUUUUUAAAGAAAGACAUAAUUAUUUAAAAACAACAACAACAACAACAACACAAGCACCCUAUGAAGAUGAAAUAUAUGAAGAUGUUAUGGGAACAAUUAAAAAUUUAUCAAAAAUGCGAAAAUCACAUAAAGAUAAAACAACAAAAUUAUCACGAGCUGGAACAAUAAUAAAUAGACCACCAUUAAAAAUACCUAAAAAAAAUCCAAAUAGACAAUUUGAUUCAUUAGUUGCUAAAUCAUCAUUGAGAAAAAAAUUACCACGUUACAAAACAAAGAGAGUGUCUUAUAAAACACGUGGAAGAACUGAAAGUACAAUAACAAAUGAACCAAGAACAAAAAAACAAAAAAAAAUUGAACAUUUUAGAACAGUUAGAAUUCAUAAAAGAAGUAUUUAUCAAGAAAACAAUGAUAGUUAUAAAAAUAAUGAAAAAAAAAUUGAAACAAUUGGAACAACAGGAUUACCUAUUAUUAAUACACAAGCUUCUGAAAGAAUUUAUACAAUUAUUAAACGUGAAAAAAAUUCAAAGCCAAAAAUACAUGAUAAACAUGGUAAAUUUACAGCUGAAAAUAAAACAAUAAUUACAAGAAGAAAUGAGCCUACAUAUAAUUCACCUGAUAGUUUUGAAGAAUUUCAUAAUAAAAAAAAUAAUAAAAAAAAUCCAAGAAGAUAUGAUGUACAUGAAGAAAUUAAUGAAAAUCAAGAAACAAGUAAAGAAAAAGUUAAGAAAAAAAAUCCAGAAUCUAGAGAAAUAUUUGAUGAUGAAGAAAAAAUAUUUAUAAAUGUUGAUAAAUCAAAAGAAAAUAUUGAUGAUGAUACUGUAGAAAUACCAGAUGAACAAGUUGAAAGACCAUCUGAAUUUUAUGAAGAAAAUUCAUCUGAAAAAUUAGAAGAAGAAUCUAAAGAAGAAUUAAACAACGAUGAUGAUGAAGAUGAUGAUGAUGAUAAUGAAAGUGAUUCUAAAGAAAGCUUCAAGAAUAAAAAACCAUCAUCAAUGGAAGAAAUUGAUGAUGACACAUCAAAAGAAUCAUACGAUGAUGAAGAAAAAAAUGUCGGUGAAAAAUCAAUAAGUGAAAUGGAAUUUGAUAGAUUUGUUGGUAGACCAACGUCAUUUGGUGAAAAUUAUUAUGAUCCAAAAUAUGCUGAUUUAGGACCAAGAAUAAAUAAACCACAUUUUCAUCAUCCAGAAUUUGAUUCACUUGAAUUUGAUAUGAGUUCAGAUGAAGUUAAACGUCUAAGUAAAUUUGCCGAAGAUUCAAAUGAAAAAGUUGAUAAUGAAAAAAAUAAAAAAUUUAGUUCAAAAUACGAAUAUCCAUGGAAAAAAGAAGAAGAAUUAAAAAAUAAUAAACAAAAUAAUAAAUAUCAUGAUGAUUAUGAUAAUUCUGAAGAAUCAAUGUCACCAUCAAUGAUAAAAAAUGUAAAAUAUGAAAAUAAAAUUAAAAAAAAUAUAAAUUCCGAUGAAAUUAUUGAUAGUGAUAAAAUGUCAUCAAAUAAUUUACCAAUAAAAUAUAGUAGUAAAACAAAAAAUAAUACGAUAAUUAAACCAACAGAAAUUGAUGCAAAAAAACAUGCCGAAAAUAUAAGAAAAAAUGUUUUAAAUUUCAUAAAAAUAAAAAAUAAUAAUAAAUUAACAACAACAUUUAAACCUCAAAUUUUACCAACAUCAGCAACAUUAAUAAAAUAUCAAGAUAUUACAACACCAAUGACAGAUAUAACAACAAUAAAAAUUCCAAAAUAUACAAUAAAAUCAUCUUUAAAACGUUCAAAUAAUCAUCAAAGAAAUCAAGAUACUAAAUUACUAAAAUCUGCAUCAACUAUUAGUGAAGUAACAGCAUCACCAAAAUUAACUAAAAGACGACAAUCAUUAAAAUACACAGUUGAUAAACCAGAAAAUAUAACAACAACAAUAUCAGCAAGACGUAAAAAAUCAACGACAACAACAACAACACCAACAUCAUUGCUAAUAAAUACAAAUAAAAAUAGAAGAAAAUUAAUUAAUAAUACAAUGAAUAAAUCAGUUUCGAAACCAGUUAAAAUGAUAAAACACAGAUCACGUGUAUCACAAGAACAAAUAAUAACAAAAACAAUUGAAAAUAAUAAUUUAAAUGGUCCUAAUAAUCAUACAACAAUGAAUAAAGUAUCAAUAAUGACAAAAGAAACACCAGAUCAUAUUUUUCGUACUGAAGAAAUUAAUAAAAAUGGACAAAAAAAUAAAUUUAUAACUAUUUUACCAUCAAAUAAAAGUCAAGAAUUAUCUGAAGAACUAAUUAUUGAUGAUAUUAAUCAUGAUGAUAAUAACGAAUCAAAUGAAAAUAAUCAUGAUUAUCUAGGUGAUUCAAUAGCAUCAAAUGUUCAUUAUGUAGCACAUUUGAUGAAUCAAGUAUCUCCAAUAGUGUCAAAUAAAUUUAAUAAUGAUGAAAUGAAUAAUAAAACAUCAUCAGAAUUAAAUAUUGAUAAUAAAAAAUCUGUUAUUAAGUAUACAAAGGAACCAGAUAAACGUCUCUAUCAUUUUAUCAAUGAUGAUCAUGAUCAUGAUAAUAAAUAA